CCUAGUGCCGGGAAAAAGGCUGCUAUCGUGGGUAGUGCAAUUCGUAUUGUGGUCAUCAGUUGAGAUUUAGCCGCGGUAUCGGGUGGUUGAUUUAACUAUUUUCUAGUUGAAGUAUACAUAAUCUGGGCCCUUGUGCCGUCUGGGGUCGGAAAUAUGCGAGUUUACUAUUUCUCUCUAUAUGACAUGAAAAAUUAUACAUACCUAACGCAUCGUUGCUAAAAAAGAGCAUCAUUUUUUGGAUUAUCUGGGUCAUACGAAUUCAACUGAGCAUCCUUUUCACGGUUUUUUGGAAAUCCUUCAGAUAUAUUUCCAUGGGAAAUAGAUAUUAGAAUCAACCGGAUGUAGAAAGAAACUUGAAUAAUGUGGUUUGUCGCUUGGUAGUGUUAAAUCCUUUCCGGUGCGACUGGUGAUUAGAACUCUUAGUACUUGUCAUUGAUACCAGCUACAUAUGUGUCUCUACAGGAUUUGAAGUUUCUUAAAUUUUGCCGAUUUUUUUGUUGAAGUGAAUACAAUAUCUGUGUGAUAUACGUACGUGUGACAAAAAAUUACAGUAUGUAAUAAGCGCCUUCGAAGCAUAAUAUAGCGCUUUUCGGUCGAAGCCCUGCGAAGGCUACUCCGAGGAUUCGGUCUUUUCUGUUUAAUAUGAAAACAAUAUCUUUGGUUGAGCUUCUUCUUGCCUUGUGAGCCCCUCUACAUAAUAUAACUUGCCAACGAAUUCAGCAAAAGUGAUAAUAACAGAACCUCAAGUUCAACCCAUGGGCUGAUUAUAUAAUUUGAUGUGUGUUCCUAAAAAUGGUGUUUGUUUAUAUCGUCUAUUCAAAAGUGUCGACACACUAUUGAUCCAUGUGACAGCUAUCUUCAGUGGGAUCCUUGCAUAGCAGAAAGGAAUGUAGCAUUCCAUCGUGCAAACAAGAUGAAUAAUUCAGGGAUAAGAAGGAAAUCUGACAAUAUAGCAGGAAAAAGAUACUAAAAAAUGUAAGAAAUUUGCCAGUGUAACCAUAAAUUUCAAAGUGUAAUUUAUGUGAUGUGAUAGAUACUUCAAAAACAAACAUAAAAAUCAACAAAGUAACAAGGAUAUUCAUGAUAUUGAGUCUGAACUGAAAGGAGAGAGUAGAAAGUAAUAUCCAUAGAAAAUAAUACACGAAUUGUGGAUGACGAAAAAUAAUUUUGCCUCGUAAUUCCGAGAUUUAAUUCAUAUACUCUGCACCGUAACAAAAUGAAAAUAAUGAUAAGGUGGUAUCAACAACGUCUGAACGUUUGCAAUAAAUUAGAGACAAAUGCCGCGGAGAAUAUUAAAAUGGCAUACAAAUUACCGAAGAGAUGGCAAUUAUUAUUCAAACGUUAGAAGAUACUCGUAUGCGGCAAGAGUAUCUUUAAUAAAAUUUAAGUAUUAAAUAAAAUUCGGUUAUCUUAUCUCUUUCCCUGCUAUUAGUUGCUUUUAUUCGCUGCCGCUUCUCAAUUUGUUUAUUUUUUUUUUUAAAUUAAUUUAUAUAAUUUUAUACGGAACGUAAUGCUGUGACUGAUGUGUACGCGAUAACUAGUAGCUAAAUUGUUCAAAACGGCACUCAUGAUUAAAUAGAUUAGAUUAAUUCGAAUUAACCGUGAAAGAUAGUGAAAGGGUUCUAUAAAUGAAGAAAUCAAAACAUUAAUAUCUCAAGUGAAAGGAUGCAUUUUGUCUUAUUCCUAUGUGAGCUCUAUAUUGCUUCAAUUAAAGUGGAAGUGACCAGAAAAAACAAUUAGCUAGUGCAAGACUAUUGAUUGUGAUAUGGGAACAAUAAAUUUAACCACGGUUUAUUUUAUUUUGUCUACAACGAUAUGUUUUUAUUGUGUUGUUAUUCAUGCUGCCUCCACAAAUGGUUUAAUCGACACAGAUAAACCGUACUUUGAUGAUGUCAAUCCACGAAAUGUUACAACAGUUGUUGAUGAUAUCGCCAUACUUCGUUGCCGUGUGAAAAACAAAGGAAAUAGAACUGUUUCAUGGAUGCGUAAACGGGAUCUACAUAUAUUAACUACAAACAUCUAUACAUAUACAGGAGAUCAACGUUUCUCCGUACUACAUACCCCCGGUUCAGAUAAUUGGGAUUUGAAAAUUGAAUAUGCUCAACAACGUGACAGUGGAAUUUACGAGUGUCAAGUGAAUACAGAGCCAAAAAUCAAUUUAGCUGUGGUGCUAGAAGUUACCGGUACGUUAUCAGCAGUAACCGAUGCUACCGGUAAUUAUUUUCAACAUCAUAAUUAUAAUAACAAAGCUGCCCGUGCAAAAAUAAUCGGGUCACAAGAAGUGCACGUGAAACGAGACAGCACAAUUUCAUUAUCGUGUUCUGUAAAUAUUCAUGCAUCAUCAGUUGUAUGGUACCACGGAUCCAAUGUCGUAGAUUUUGAUUCAGCACGUGGUGGUAUUAGUUUAGAAACAGAAAAAACAGAAGCUGGAACAACUAGUCGAUUAAUGCUUACCCGAGCGACACUACGUGAUUCUGGUAAUUAUACGUGCGUUCCAGUUGGAGCCAUACCAGCAUCAGCGCAAGUUCAUGUAUUGAAUGGAGAGCAUCCAGCUGCAAUGCAAACCAGUAGUGGCGUGCCGCGUCCAUCCCACUUAGCUAUAAUUAUUUUAUGUAUAUUUUCAAUAACAGCAUGUCAUCAACCAAUCAUAUCACAGGCAACGUCCAUAUUAUUACUCUACUCAACAAAAAGAUGACUCAUCUUGAAGACAAUUUCCCAAAAGGGAAAGGAAGUUUAAAGUAAUUGGAAACUAAUGACAGAUUUUAUUUUUAUCAAUAAUUUAUUAGUUUCGAAAUUGUCAUUACUACAUCCCACGAGAAAUGAAAAAGCAAAAAGUUUAUAGAAUCGAAAAAAUCUGUUUAUAUCUUAGUUUUGCGAUAAUCUUUUAUUCUUAUCAAAAUCAAAAAAAAUAAUCAGAAAAUCAGAUCGAAUCUCAAACUUGCGCAAUUGUAAAUCAAAAGUUCAAAACAGAAUGAAUUGCAUUUUAAGGUGUACGAGUAUAUUCUGCCAUUGCAUCUAUUCUAUACAAAGAAAUUGAUAAGAACUAAUAUAUAUAUAUGAGAAACGAAAUGUAUAAACAAAAUAUUUGGAAGAAUAAAUAUAAAUCAAUCAACUCGCGACCCCUCCUUCCAUUUUGUCUUCCCAAUUCCUUCCCUUCCUCCAACGGAAAAGAGUAAAAAAACAAUGUAAACAGUUUAUACCAACGAACAGAGAAUGUUUCGAAAAAAUGAAUCAAAUUCCAGGACAAAAGCGAAAAAUUAAAAAAAUGGUGAGAAUAUAUAUAUACAAUUAUACGUGAAUAAGAUAUAAGAUGUGAUUGAAGUAAUAAGAAAGGAGCAAGGAGGUUGAUACCUUCGUGCAGUGUACACACCAAAAGUUUGCAAAAAUUUAAUCAGAUUAAUCCAAACGAUUGCAUGUUUAAGUCAUUGAAGCCGGACAAAUACGUAGGGAUGAAAAAAAGCAAAAAAGGAAAAUCAAAUAUUUUAGAUUCGUAAGAAUUUAAAUUAAAUGAUAAAACAUCAUGCAUAUUAAUAUACAUAUAUAUAUAUAUAUCGGGGGACUAAUAAAUUUUCGAUGAAACAAUUCGAAAUGUUCGGUAAUUUAUUGGUCUAGCAAAUUAAUGAAAACAAGAACAAAGGAAAUUCAAAGAAAAACUAUUAAUGUAAUUAUAUAAGUGAAAUAAUUUUUGAAAAAAAAAUGCAUUUAAAUCUAAUGCAAAUAUAUAACCAACCAAAAACAUCAUAGACAAAUGUUGAGCAUGUAUGAUGGAGAAAUAUAAACAUUAAAAGGGACAUGAAGCCAUUUUGGAAGUGUUCCAAAAAGUAAAUAUAAAGAAAAACAUGGAAAAAACAAAACUCAAUAUAAUGACGAAAAGAAAAUAAGGUGGAAAAAUAUAUGAAAAAUGAAUGAAAACAGAAA